AUGUUACUGCCGUUUAUUGGGUUGCUCGACAUGAAGUCUCUAACAAUUCUAGUAUUUAAAGGACACCACAAUACUGCUAGCUGCCUUAUAUUGUUGCAUGAUCAGCUGCUCUACUUUGAAACUCUUCAUCAUGUAGACGUGAAAGUCAGAAGGAAAAGGAGUGUGGAUGGACAUGAUUCUCAUUCAAAGGAUAUCAGUUUCUCUGCUUUAGGAAAAAACUUCCAUCUGGUGUUAAUGCCAGGCUCUCCUGCACUCAGUGCUGAUUUCACAGUCAAGCUUGUGUUUGGUGAUGGGCAGACAGUUCCCCUCUACAUCAAUGAAAAUAAUUUUUUCACUGGUCAUCUUGCAGAUGAUGAAAAUGUCAAAGCUGAUGCCCAUACAGAAGAUGGCUUUUGGACUGCUAGUAUUUAUGACAAAGAGGACGUUUAUACGCUGGAGCCCUCAUGGCGGCAUCUGCCUCCAUCAGACAAUCACAGCAUGAUCAUAUAUCGCCAUUCAGACAUCAAGUGGGACAAUAUAUUUCCACAUUUAGAUAAAGCACCAAACAAGAGAAAGAAAUUGUGCAGUGCUGUACAUCCGGAAGAUGAACCUGACUAUAACCCUGAAUGGGAACAAAUGCAGGAGCAGAUAGCAAUGGAGAAAGAUAAGGAUGGAGGCAGGGCUAAACGAGCAGUGUCUGGCCCUAACACUUGUCAGAUUAUGGCAGUGGCUGACUUCACUUUUUUCACUGGGCCUGGGGGAGGUUUUCCCCACAGAACUGCCAAUUAUGUGAUUCAAACCAUGCAGAAAGUUAACAGGAUCUACAGAGAGACAUCCUGGGGAUAUGAUUCACCGCUCCUGAGCAUGGGAUUUCAGAUUAGGGAGCUGAGGAUCCACCCAGAAAAGACAGCUACAGCUAACUACCACAAAAAUGGCAGACAUUACAAUAUGUUUGAUGAUCAGAACAGCUGGCCUGACAAUGAGCUGUUGAGGCAAUUUGGAGAGGACCCAGAUGUUGGCAAGUUUUGUUUGGCACACCUUUUCACUCACCGAAGAUUUGCUGGUGGAGUUCUUGGUCUGGCAUACAUUGCUUCCCCUCGGAGAUAUGCUGUUGGUGGGAUUUGUUCAGUUCAGAGAGAAAAUGAGAGAGCUUUCAACACUGGAUUUAGUUCAACCAAAAAUACUAAGGGAAACAACCUGUUGACACAAGAAGCAAUGCUGGUUACAGCCCAUGACUUGUGUCAUAACUGGGGUGCUGAGCAUGAUGCAGAGACGCCUGAAUGCUCACCUGAUGGCUUCAGUGGAGGCAGGUUUAUCAUGUACCCAUACGCUGUCAGCGGGUAUGAUGAAAACAAUCAUGAUUUCUCUCCCUGUAGCAAGCGGUACAUUUCUGCUGUACUGACAACAAGGUCAGGGUCAUGUUUCAAAG